GGGGAAUUUCGUCUCAAAUAAAAGGAAUGAAGUCUGGCUCCGGAGGAGGGUCCCCGACCUCGCUGUGGGGGCUCCUGUUUUUCUCCGCCGCGCUCUCGCUCUGGCCGACGAGUGGAGAAAUCUGUGGGCCGGGCAUCGACAUCCGCAACGACUAUCAGCAGCUGAAGCGUCUGGAGAACUGCACGGUGAUCGAGGGCUACCUCCACAUCCUGCUCAUCUCCAAGGCCGAGGACUACCGCAGCUACCGCUUCCCCAAGCUCACGGUCAUCACCGAGUACCUGCUGCUGUUCCGCGUGGCCGGCCUCGAGAGCCUCGGGGACCUCUUCCCGAACCUCACGGUCAUCCGCGGCUGGAAGCUCUUCUACAACUACGCCCUGGUCAUCUUUGAGAUGACCAAUCUCAAGGAUAUUGGGCUUUACAAUCUGAGGAACAUUACUCGGGGGGCCAUCAGGAUUGAGAAGAAUGCUGACCUCUGUUACCUCUCCACGGUGGACUGGUCCCUGAUCCUGGAUGCCGUGUCCAAUAACUACAUCGUGGGCAACAAACCCCCAAAGGAAUGCGGGGACCUGUGUCCGGGGACAAUGGAGGAGAAGCCCUUGUGCGAGAAGACAACCAUCAACAAUGAGUACAACUAUCGUUGCUGGACUACAAACCGUUGCCAGAAAAUGUGCCCGAGCGCGUGCGGGAAGCGGGCGUGCACCGAGAACAACGAGUGCUGUCACCCCGAGUGUCUGGGCAGCUGCAGUGCGCCCGACAACGACACGGCCUGCGUGGCGUGCAGGCAUUACUACUACGCGGGCGUCUGCGUGCCCACCUGCCCGCCCAACACCUACCGCUUCGAGGGCUGGCGCUGCGUGGAUCGCGACUUCUGCGCCAACAUCCCCAGCGCCGAGAGCAGCGACUCCGAGGGGUUCGUGAUCCACGACGGCGAGUGCAUGCAAGAGUGCCCCUCGGGGUUCAUCCGGAACGGCAGUCAGAGCAUGUACUGCAUCCCUUGUGAAGGUCCUUGCCCCAAGGUCUGUGAGGAAGAAAAGAAAACAAAAACCAUUGAUUCUGUUACCUCUGCUCAAAUGCUCCAAGGAUGCACCAUCUUCAAGGGCAAUUUGCUCAUUAAUAUUCGCCGAGGCAAUAACAUCGCCUCAGAACUGGAGAACUUCAUGGGGCUCAUCGAGGUGGUGACAGGCUACGUGAAGAUCCGCCAUUCUCACGCCUUGGUCUCCUUGUCCUUCCUAAAAAACCUUCGCCAGAUCUUAGGAGAGGAGCAGCUAGAAGGGAACUACUCCUUCUAUGUCCUGGACAACCAGAACUUGCAGCAGCUGUGGGACUGGGACCACCGCAACCUGACCAUCAAAGCUGGGAAAAUGUACUUUGCUUUCAAUCCCAAAUUGUGCGUCUCCGAGAUUUACCGCAUGGAGGAAGUGACAGGGACUAAGGGGCGCCAGAGCAAAGGGGACAUAAACACCAGGAACAACGGAGAGCGAGCUUCCUGUGAAAGUGAUGUCCUGCAUUUCACCUCUACGACCACGUGGAAGAAUCGCAUCAUCAUAACAUGGCACCGUUACCGGCCCCCCGACUACAGGGACCUCAUCAGCUUCACUGUCUACUACAAGGAAGCACCUUUUAAAAACGUCACGGAGUAUGAUGGGCAGGAUGCCUGUGGCUCCAACAGCUGGAACAUGGUGGAUGUGGACCUCCCUCCCAACAAGGACGUCGAGCCUGGCAUUCUACUGCAUGGACUGAAGCCCUGGACGCAGUAUGCUGUGUAUGUCAAGGCGGUGACCCUCACCAUGGUGGAGAACGACCACAUCCGUGGGGCCAAAAGUGAAAUCUUGUACAUUCGCACCAAUGCUUCAGUUCCUUCCAUUCCCCUGGACGUUCUUUCCGCGUCCAACUCCUCCUCUCAGCUCAUCGUGAAGUGGAACCCGCCCUCCCUGCCCAACGGCAACCUCAGUUACUACAUCGUGAGAUGGCAGCGGCAGCCUCAGGACAGCUACCUUUACAGGCAUAACUACUGCUCCAAAGACAAAAUCCCCAUCAGGAAGUAUGCCGACGGCACCAUCGACGUGGAAGAGGUGACGGAGAAUCCCAAGACCGAGGUGUGCGGCGGAGAGAAGGGGCCUUGCUGCGCCUGCCCCAAAACCGAGGCCGAGAAGCAGGCCGAGAAGGAGGAGGCUGAGUACCGCAAAGUCUUCGAGAACUUUCUGCACAACUCCAUCUUUGUGCCCAGACCUGAAAGGAAGCGGAGAGACGUCACACAAGUCACCAACACCACCAUGUCCAGCCGAAGCAGGAACACCACAGUGGCAGACACCUAUAAUAUCACAGACCCAGAAGAACUCGAGACAGAAUACCCUUUCUUUGAGAGCAGAGUGGAUAACAAGGAGAGAACUGUAAUCUCUAACCUCCGGCCUUUUACUUUGUACCGCAUUGACAUCCACAGCUGUAACCACGAGGCUGAGAAGCUGGGCUGCAGCGCCUCCAACUUUGUUUUUGCAAGAACCAUGCCUGCAGAAGGAGCAGAUGACAUUCCUGGGCCGGUGACCUGGGAGUCGAGGCCUGAAAACUCCAUCUUUCUAAAGUGGCCGGAACCUGAGAAUCCCAAUGGAUUGAUUCUAAUGUAUGAAAUAAAAUAUGGAUCACAGAUCGAGGAUCAGCGGGAAUGUGUAUCGAGACAGGAGUACAGGAAGUAUGGAGGUGCCAAGCUUAACCGGCUCAACCCCGGGAACUAUACGGCCCGGAUCCAGGCCACCUCUCUCUCUGGGAAUGGGUCCUGGACGGAUCCUGUGUUCUUCUACGUCCCAGCCAAAAUAACGUAUGAAAACUUCAUCCAUCUGAUCAUCGCUCUGCCCAUUGCUGUCCUGUUGAUAGUGGGAGGGCUGGUUAUAAUGCUGUAUGUCUUCCACAGGAAAAGAAAUAACAGCAGGCUGGGGAAUGGAGUGCUGUACGCUUCCGUGAACCCAGAGUACUUCAGCGCCGCCGACGUGUAUGUACCUGACGAGUGGGAAGUUGCUCGAGAGAAGAUCACCAUGAGCCGAGAGCUGGGGCAGGGCUCAUUUGGGAUGGUAUACGAAGGAGUUGCCAAAGGCGUGGUUAAAGAUGAGCCAGAAACCAGGGUGGCCAUUAAAACAGUGAAUGAGGCCGCGAGCAUGCGUGAAAGGAUUGAAUUUCUCAAUGAGGCUUCAGUGAUGAAGGAGUUCAAUUGUCACCACGUGGUGCGGUUGCUGGGCGUAGUGUCCCAGGGCCAGCCGACGCUGGUCAUCAUGGAACUGAUGACACGGGGGGAUCUCAAAAGCUAUCUCAGGUCUCUGAGGCCAGAAAUAGAGAAUAAUCCAGUCCUAGCACCUCCAAGCCUAAGCAAGAUGAUCCAGAUGGCUGGGGAGAUUGCAGAUGGCAUGGCAUACCUCAACGCCAACAAGUUUGUCCACAGAGACCUUGCUGCCCGGAACUGCAUGGUGGCCGAAGAUUUCACGGUCAAAAUCGGAGAUUUCGGUAUGACGAGAGACAUCUACGAGACAGACUACUACCGGAAAGGAGGAAAGGGGUUGCUGCCUGUGCGCUGGAUGUCCCCCGAGUCUCUCAAGGAUGGAGUCUUCACUACUCACUCCGACGUCUGGUCCUUCGGCGUCGUGCUCUGGGAGAUCGCCACGCUGGCCGAGCAGCCCUACCAGGGCUUGUCCAACGAGCAGGUCCUUCGCUUCGUUAUGGAGGGCGGCCUUCUGGACAAGCCGGACAACUGCCCCGACAUGCUGUUUGAGCUGAUGCGCAUGUGCUGGCAGUACAACCCCAAGAUGAGGCCUGCCUUCCUGGAGAUCAUCAGCAGCAUCAAGGACGAGAUGGAGCCUGGCUUCCGGGAGGUCUCCUUCUACUACAGCGAGGAGAACAAGCCGCCCGAGCCCGAGGAGCUGGACCUGGAGCCCGAAAACAUGGAGAGCGUCCCCCUGGACCCCUCCGCCUCCUCGUCCUCCCUGCCGCUGCCCGACAGACACUCAGGACACAAGGCCGAGAACGGCCCGGGCCCUGGCGUGCUGGUUCUCCGAGCCAGCUUCGAUGAGAGACAGCCUUACGCGCACAUGAACGGGGGACGCAAGAACGAGAGGGCCUUGCCCCUGCCCCAGUCUUCGACCUGCUGAUCCUUGGCUCCCGAUUCCCGUGCAGACAGUAACGUGUGUGCACGCUGGGUGGCGGGGGGUGGGGGGAGAGAGUCCGAACAAUCUAUCCACAGCCUCCUGUACCUCAGUGGAUCUUCAGGCCUGCCAAUGCUGCCCAUGGAAGACAGCUUGUCUGCAGUAAACACAUUUGGGGUGUUCCUUUUUCCAAUAUGCAAGCAGCUUUUUAUUUCCCUACCCAAACCCUUAACUGACACGGGCCUUUAAGAACCUUGAUGACAACACUUAAUAGCAACAGAACACUCGAGAAUCGGAUCUCCUCACGCUUUCCCCGUCACUUCUCUCAGACCUGUCUCCCUCCCUUCCUCCUCCCCUCCCUUCCUCCCUCCCUCUCUCCCUCUUCUCUCUCUCACCUUUCUCUUUCUUUCUGCUUCCUAAUGGAAAAACCUUUGCCCAAGCCCAGCUGGGACGCCCUUUUGAUCAGAGUGAGGAACUGGCUGGCCCUCCCUGUGGCCCCACAUUGCCCCCAUAAACACCUGCCUGUCACCGUAGGUCUUUAUAAAAACAACAAAAACAAAAACCACGUUGAGACGGAAUUUUUUUAACUAUCUUUCACCUUUUUAGGGACAUAGAAAUUGAAAAAGGGCCAUCACUCAUUCAAGGUUGUUACCAUUUUAAUGCUGCCAAAUUCUGCCAAAACCCUCAACUUCCUCCCUCCUGAUCCCGGCACUUUUUUCCUUGUUUCCAGAGGCAUGGGGCGAGCAUGGUAUCUAGUCCCGCCAUUUAAGAGCCACGCUGAGGAUGCACUCCAUCUGAUCACCCCUGGUGUUCUUUUCCAGCCUUACGUUCACACAGGUCUAGUUGCUUUUAAGUAGGUUAUUAUUUGGGGGAAGUGGACAGAAUGGGAUUUUUCUCUCAGUGGAGACUGGGAGAGGCUGAAUCCCCUCUUCCCCAGCCCCACCUGCUAGCCCCCAGGAAUUCUGGAGAAAACAGGCCCUGUCGAGAGCCCGGCAGACAGGCUUUGAGGAGCGGUCGUCCACGUGCCAGUCUCCUGUUCCCCCAGCUCGCCCCCCGCCCCCGCUCCCGGCUCCCCAGGACACAGAUGGGAAGGGGUUUCCAGGGACUCAGCCCAACUGUUUAUGCAGGUUUGCAAGGAAAGAAAUUCAAACACCACCACAACAGUAAGAAGAAAAGCAGUAAAUGGAUUCAAGCAUCCUAAGCUUUGUUGACAUUUUCUCUGUUACUAGGACUUCUUCAUGGGUCUUACAGUUCUAUGUUAGACCAUGAAACAUUUGCAUACACAUCGUCUUUAAUGUCACUUUUAUAACUUUUUUACGGUUCAGAUAUUCACCUAUACGUCUGUACAGAAAAAAAAAGCUGCUAUUUUUUUUGUCCUUUAUCUUUGUGGAUUUAAUCUAUGAAAACCUUCAGGUCUACCCUUCUUCCCUUUCUGCUCACUCCAAGAAACUUCUUAUGCUUUGUACUAGCGUGCGUGACUUUCUUCCUCUCUUCCCAGUAACUGAUACUUCUAUAACAUAAUUUGCCAUGAACUGUUUGAUGCCUUUUUAUAAAUACACCCUCCCCUCCCCGCUCCCCCUGCCCGUUAGUUACGUUCUAACCCGGAGGCUCUGUGGGCACGAGGCUGGCGAGGGCAGCAGGUGGGCACCCCUGGGGGGCAGGCCCUGGCAUGCCGGCACCCCACUCCUCAGCCUGCUCUCACACAGCGCUGGAGUCUGGCACAGUGCAAGACAUGAUACAAACUCAGGUCAGAAAAAAAGGUUAAAUAUUUCGCACAUCCUUGUUCAGUGUUUAUAGUCACCCUUGUUGGAAAGUCUCACCUCCUCUUUCCCUCACCUUGUUUUGGUUGUGACACACAUAUAUCUAUUUUUUUAAUUCUUGGGUACAACAGCAGUUUUAACUGCAGAAACUAGGCAUUUGGAUUACUAUUUUUUUUAACGGAUAUUUAAUCCUUCCAUCCCAUGAGAAACAGCUGCUGAGUCCCAGGGUGCAGCGGAGUGGGGUCCAGUGGGCCCCUCUGUGGCUCCCGCCACCACCCUCCAGACCGACCUACCUGUCUUUAGAACCCGAAAAUCCCCAGGCACCUCCUGGUGCUGGCGGGGAGGGGGCCGCAGGGGCAGCCUCUUCGGGGCAGCGGCAAGCCCCCCGCCAGGUCUGCCGGCCCGAGGGCCCCGGUCGGGGCGAGCACCGCUGCGGUGGCCGGGGAGCCCCGUACUCGCUCCCAGGGGACCAGAGCCCUGGCGCUGGCUCGCUUUUCCUUGGCCAGGAAUCCAAGUCCUCGGGGCCCGGGGGUCUUGUUUUGUUUAGUUUUUAGCACUUCUCACCAGAGUGAUGACAGCACACGAGUUGCUUCUGGGAUGGAAAUGUUUAAAUUAUGAGUAAGAACAAAGCUCAAAGAUGAUGAUUGCUAGUUGUGACUGGAGAUUAAAGACGAGAAAGCAAGUGCGUAGUGCUUUUCUGCUUGUCGGGAGCUUCAGUCCUACGAUUUUCUCAAGCCUCUGUCCCAUAGUUUUUUCCCUUAAAAAAAAAAAAAAUGAGAAAAAAGAAAAAAAUUAAGGUAUUAUAUGUAGGAGUUUUAAUUUAUUUUGUGAUACCAGUUUCAAUCACUGUAGAGAAGCCCCAUUAUGAAUUUAAAUACUGAGAAAAGGGUUUUGUGUGUGUGUGUGUGUGUCUGUGUGUGUGUGUGUGUAAGACAGGACAGUUUUUGGGUUUUUUU